ACUACUUUGUCAUUGUUUUGCCAAUCUUCUUUUAUUUGCAAAAAAAUCUAAGAUUGAUUUGCUUUUUAUAAUAAAUUUGUACAAAAAUGUAAUUUAGAAAGUGUAAAAUAUACACAAACCAUUGAAGAAUAAAAAUAACACCGAAUAUCGCAAAUUGUGAGUACAUAUUUGAAGAAUAGCUUAAUAAGAAAAUCGCCAAGUUGUCAGUUUUGAAAAGGGAAUGAAAAUAUUAAUGAAUUUUUCAUCUAACAAAAAACGUUUGACUACACAUAAGGAAUGAGGAGCUGCAUUCGUAAUUAAUAAAGAAUCUUAUAGUCACACCAUAGAACAAAGAUGUAUCUUUUCCAGAAUUAUCAACUUUUAUGGUAAAAGGACAAAAUGCCAUUUAAUUUUCUAAAAAAAUCACGGCAUUAUAAUGUCACUUCGAAAAGUUUAUUUGUAAUUUCAGUCCAUCAUCUUUUAGAUACUUCAACUACAGUUGAUUGUACUUUAAGUUCUGAAAGUACUGGACAAGAAUGUCUCGACAAUGUUUGCCAGCGCUUAUCGAUUAAUCAGCCUGAAUUUUUUGGUUUGCGUUAUCUAGUUAAAGGAACGAGAGAAGAUCUGCGAUGGGUUGAUUUAGAACGUCCACUGAGUAGGCAAUUAGAGAAAUAUGCCUCAGGUAGCAAGCUAUAUUUAAGAGUUCAGUUUUAUAUUAUAUCCGGAAUAAGUUUAUUAGAAGAUGAACAGUCUAGAUAUUAUUAUUUUCUGCAAUUGAAAAGUGAUGUGGUUGAAGGGCGACUAUCUUGUGAUGUUAAGCAAGCAGUUUUGCUAGCAUUGUAUUGCCGGCAAGCUGAAUAUGAUAGUUAUCAAAAAGAUAAAAACACUUUAGAAUACUUAAAGACACUCUUACCGUUUCCUGAACGUGUAAUUGAUGAAGGUUUGCAAGAAAAUUUGAUUGAAGAAAUCUUACAACAUCAUCCCGGUUUACAAAAUUUAACACAAAGUGCAGCUGAAGAAUGUUUCAUAACUGUUUGCCAACAAGUUGAUGGUUAUGGGCAAGAGAAAUUUUGGGUCAAAGACAAUCACGGAAAUGAAGUACAACUUGGACUUAGUAUAAAUGGAAUAGCUGUAAUAAAUCAAAAUAACUUAAAAUUUUAUCCAUGGCACGAAGUCAAAAAUGUCAUAAAUUUAAAGAGAACUUUCAAUAUUGAACAAGAAGGGAAAACAGUUGUAUCAUUCACAUUUCCAGAAGGCGAAACUGGAAGGUAUUUUUGGAGGUUAUGUGUUUUACAACAUUUGUUUUAUUCAAAGUAUGAAGUUAAUAGAACUUCAUCACCAUCGAUCCAACAACCACAACAACAUUUAACUCCACAUUCAGGCAUAAUAGGUGCAAAUGGCAAUUUUGCACAGCACCAACAAUUUAUUGCAACACAUUCAGCGAAUAAUUUGUUUCAUAAUUACUCAGAAGAAUGUAACGACAGUCAAGAAGAUUUAUUGAACGAACGUUUAUACUAUACAGGAAAUGUGGGAGAAUCACACCAAAUAGUAGAGAAAAAAAAUUCCCUAAUUUCUUCAAAUUUAUCUUUAUCUAACAGCCAAUAUUUACAACAACAGCAAUCACAGCAUCAGGUUGUACAGCAUACUCCACCCAGCGUCAUACACAGCCAUGCAAAUAUUUCAGCAGAAUAUCAAGCACAACCUCAAAUGCAUCAUUUUACGAAUCACGUAAAUGUUAAUGGUCCGGCGACUACGUUAUCAACUUCCCAAAUACUCGAUCAAAUGGAGUCUCGUGUUCAAAGCACAUCUUGUCUUGAUUUAAGCAAUAAUAAUUUUAACACAAACCAAGAUAAAGAAAGAUUAAAAGCAUUAUUGCCAACUUACCGUGCAGCACCAGAUUAUGAGACAGCAGUACAGCAGAAAUAUCAUACUAAUUCAAGUGAUGUUCAGAUGAUUCGAAUUCCGUCAACUGCUGGUUUAUAUACAUCAAGUGGAAGUCAACCUGACAUUCAUAACUUGCCAACGGUCCAGCAGCGGUUUCCUGAUAUAGUGUCACAAAAUUCUUGCUCGAUACCUCAAAAUCAUUCAAUUAAUACAAAUUUAUACACAAAUAUCGAUUUGCUUCAACGAAUGCAAAUGAUGCGAUUGAAACCUCCACCCCCAUAUGCUGCCAAUAGGCUUAGCUCCACAUCUACACCAGAUUUAGCAGUAGCAGCUAGUUUGCGUACAACACCGUUAGGUUAUCGUGGAAACGCUUAUGUAUCUGGCUCCAGUCCAGACCUUGUAUCAACCAGAACAUUUUUAAAUACUCAAUAUCCUACAUCUAUACAAUAUUCAUAUUUAAACUCUAUGGGUCAUUCACAACCAUAUUUACCUGGAGCGUACGACAAUUUAAAUAUGAUUGAAGAACAACCACAAGCUAUUUUCUUUCAAAUGAAAAAAACUGCUACAGCUAUUUCAUCAUAUGACCAGCAUUCAGCUGGUGUUCCGCAACCAAUUUAUCGCCAUUCAAAGAAUAAUUUGCAACAACAUCAAAAUGAAACCGCACCAAACAAUCUUUUACAUAAAUCUAACACUACUGGUUCCAUAGAACCUAUAUAUGAAAAUGUGCCAUUUCCAUAUAAUUCGAAUUCAUCUGUAAGUAAUAGUACUCAACAAAGCAAAUUUAAUAACAAUAGUGCAAAUAUUUCUUCUGAAAUGAGACAUCGAACAUCAAGUAUUCAGUCAGCACCUGGUGGAACUUCCGGGAUUAUUGAGGCUACAAACCCUAACGUUUUAGGAAAUAAUAACAGAAUACAAUCAAAUGAAAUGAUUCGUCAGCAACAUUCACAUCAGCUACCGCAAAAAUAUUUGUCAAAUGAAGAUAAGGCAAACCUGAGCCCAAGUUACUCGUUACAGAAAACCCAAGAUCCUCAACAUCAAUCGGACCAUUUAGUACAACAGACACAUCAUCAACAUCAAGCUCACCAACAAACUCAACCACAAUUUAGUAAUUUACACAUACCAGGAGUAACAUCCUCCACCGAUUAUUUAAACUUACAACUAAGCUCUGUAAAGUAUUCAAAAGAACAUUAUAAUAAUAACGCAACUGGUGUUGAAAUAUGUCAUUCGAAGCAUCAAUCACCAUCUUCAACCUUUUUGAAUUCAUCUGGUGUAUCAUUAUCAGUUACCAACAAUAAUUUCGAAUCACCGUCUUCUGCAAAUGUUACUACCAAUAUCAAAGAAAAACGUAGAAAAAGAUGGGGAAUUUUAGUUGGCCGCAGUAAUAAACAAGCAAAUUCGUCUUCCAUUACAGAAAAGAAAAGUGCAACAUUGGGUCGCGAAAAAACAAAACAUAAACACAAAGAAGAAUUAGAUCAAGAAGAAUCUAAUCUACGUCAUCGAUGGUCAACUGGUCUACCAAAACUACAACCUUUGUCAGCUUCUUUUAGCAAGGAUAAAUUGUGCCAGAUUUUAGAUGCAAAGUUAAACGACCCGCAACUCUUUAUUGAGUUUGAAGGGAUACUGAAAAGGCGGGAAAACGCUAGGUAUGAGUGCGCGCUUUUGGAAGAAAACAAAACAAAAAAUGCAGAUCCAAUGUUUUUACCCUAUGAUGAUAAUCGAGUAAGGAUAACUCCUACAAUGGAAAAUAGGCAUGGAUACGUUAAUGCUUCAUAUAUUUCGGCGACUGUUGGGGUAAAUCAACGAUUUUAUAUAUUGGGACAAUCUCCACAUAACAAUCAAACCACGCAAAUAUUUUGGCAAUGUGUUUGGGAGGCUGAUAUAUACUUCAUUGUGCAGUUAUCAGACGAAUUAAAUUAUAUUCCACCAGAUACCAAGAAGUCCGUUGACUGUGGUCAAUUUCAAAUAUAUCAAGAAUUUUCGCAACGAACCGAUAGGUGUACAACAAGCAAAUUGCGAAUAUAUCACCAACAAACGAAACGUCAAAGAUCUGUUUGGCAUUUAAAUUUUGCAGAUUGGGCCGAGCAGAGUUGCCCUCGCGAAGUUAAUAAUUUCUUAAAUUUCCUAGAAGAAUUAAGCUCAGUUAGAUCAGCUUCAAUAAAUGAGGUACCUCCUGGCCAUAAUUCUAAUCCUCCUGUAUUUAUAAAUUGCCGCGACGGAGCAGGCCGAUCAGGAGUAACGUUAGUAGCCGAUUUGUUAUUGUAUACGCUCGAUCAUAACCAAGAUUUGGAUAUUCCUAGAGUAAUAGCGCAGCUAAGGCAGCAAAGAGACAAUUUAAUUCCUUCUUUAGCCCAAUACAAAUUUAUUUACGCUUUACUGAUAAAUUAUUUGAAAAGAACGAGAUUAAUUUAGAUUUUGAAAACUUUUAUGGGGUUAGCAUGUAUCAUAUUAAUUGUAUUUUAUUAAAUUCUUCAAUCUAAUUCGUAUAAUGUUAGAUUACGAAUAAAUUUUAUAGAAAACUUAU